UCUCCUCCUCUAUAUUCUUUCCCCCACCAGCCGUUCUCUCUCUCUCUGUCUCUCUACUCUCUCACUCCACUUUUUCUCUCUCUCUCUCUCUCUCUCUCUCUCUCUCUCUCUCCACCGCACCACCACCGCCGAUCUAAAAAAAAAAUGCAGUACAACAACCUGGGCCGAUCCGGCCUGAAAGUGAGCCAGCUCUCGUACGGCUCGUGGGUCAGCUUCGGCAACCAGCUCGACGUGAAAGAAGCCAAAACCCUCCUCCAGACCUGCCGCGACCACGGCGUCAACUUCUUCGACAACGCCGAGGUCUACGCCAACGGCCGGGCCGAGGAGAUCAUGGGCCAGGCCAUCCGCGAGCUCGGCUGGAAGCGCUCCGACAUCGUCAUAUCGACCAAGAUCUUCUGGGGCGGGGCAGGGCCCAACGACAAGGGGCUAUCGAGAAAGCACAUCGUGGAAGGUACGAAAGCGUCGCUGAAGAGGCUGGAGAUGGAUUACGUAGACGUGAUUUACUGCCACCGUCCGGACGUGUCGACGCCGAUCGAGGAGACGGUGAGGGCGAUGAACUGGGUGAUUGAUAACGGAUGGGCAUUUUAUUGGGGGACGAGCGAGUGGUCCGCCCAGCAGAUCACGGAGGCGUGGGGGGUGGCGGAGAGGUUGGAUCUUGUUGGGCCGAUUGUGGAGCAGCCCGAGUACAAUUUGUUGUCGAGGCAUAAGGUUGAGUCUGAGUACCUCCCUCUGUACACUAACUAUGGAAUAGGUCUCACCACAUGGAGUCCACUUGCAUCUGGUGUUCUGACUGGGAAAUAUCUCGGGGGAAUCCCACCUGAUAGUCGGUUCUCAUUGGAAAACUACAAGAAUCUUGCCAACAGAUCGAUGGUGGAUGACGUGCAGAAAAAAGUAAAAGGAUUGAAACCGAUUGCUGAAGAACUAGGUGUGCCUUUAUCUCAACUUGCAAUCGCUUGGUGUGCAACCAAUCCUAAUGUCUCUUCGGUUAUUACUGGUGCUACCAAAGAGUAUCAGAUUCAAGAGAAUAUGAAGGCUAUUGAUGUCAUCCCUAAACUGACACCUGAUGUACUAGAGAAGAUUGAGGCUGUCGUUCAGAGCAAACCGAAGCGUCCCGAUUCUUAUAGGUGAUCGUAAGAAGUGCUUGAACUCCGUGGUUUUAGUUUAAUAUAUAUCCCGAAGACUACCUCGUGGUUUUAAAUUUACCAUUUCCUUUGUUGUGGAAUGAUGCUUCUCAUGGUAUUGUUUGUCGGAAAUUCAUUUUGAAUAAUGAUUCAUCAUUGAUAAUGACUACAUGACCUUCGACACAAAAA